UGAUCAGCCACCAUGACGACUUCUGGGAGGUACCUUCGUAGAGGCGCCGCAGAUGACGAGGACGCAUCAAAGCUGAAAUUGGGUGCAGAGUUUAACGAUAUGGGAUGUUUGACGAUAUCAGAAGUCAAGCACUUGCUGGAUGGUAGAGCAGGUGAAGCUGAUACGCCGGUAUUUAAGAAGACGUCAGAGUAUGUGAACACCUUCACCGUAUUUGGAAGUAAAGAAUCAGCGAUAUCGGUCAGAGAAGCACUCAAGAAAGAUGAAAAGAUGACGCAGUUCGAGCAAGCCCAGAUUGGUAAUUUAGUGCCCGGGGAUGUCGAAGAAGCGAAAUCGCUGAUACCGAGCCUCUACGAGCACGACGAAAUGACAGUACAAACAAUCCUCGAUGAGCUUGACGCACUUCGUAAAAUGCAGUAAAUUGAGGGAGAUGAUAGUAUAGCUAGUAUACUUAUAUGUAUAUUUAUUGAAAUAAACGUUCAAACUGUAAAAAUAUUGAUAUAAAUUUUAAAUUUUCACUUUCCCC